AUGAAGAUUGUCUUGGCAUCUCCUCCACCCAGACUCAUGGCUUCUCACAUGUCAUUCCAGCUUUUCCCCAAGUCAUUUCUCCAGUCCAAGGCUAAGGUGAUCUAUACUCUGCGUAAUCCCAAGGAUGUGCUGGUCUCAUUUUACCACCACUCCAAAUUCUUCAAAACAUUCAAGGACCCUGGAACUGUGGAAGAGUUCUUGGAGGAAUUCCUGAGUGGGAAUGUGGCCUUUGGUUCCUGGUUUGACCAUGUGAAAAGUUGGCUGGAGGUCAAGGGGAGACCCAAUGUCUUCUUUAACAGUUAUGAAGAGCUGCAGCAGGAUCUGCGAGGCAGUGUGGAGAAGAUCUGCCUUUUCCUUGGGAAGGAGCUGAACAGCCAGCAAAUUGAUUCUGUGGUGGAAAAUGCCUCCUUCCAGAAGAUGAAGGACAACCCGAAGUCCAACUUCACCACAGGGUCAGAUGACACUUUAGACCACAAGAAAGGGAAGUUCUUGAGGAAAGGUAAAAGCAGAGCGUCCUGGGUAUCUAGUGUUGCCACAUGUGCAUUUGCUGAAGGUCAGGUGGCAGAUGGGAGGCAGGGAAGGAUGUCCCACUGCCUUGAGCUUCCUCAUACGUUUCCCGCUCAACUAGAAUUAAUGGCGAAGGGUUGCCUUUUCAUGUGCCUGUGGUGGGAGGGUCAUUUGUGUGAGAUGGGCACCCCUGCACCCCAAUCAGAUAUGUUCUGAAGUGAUAAGAUUCUUCUCCACUGACAGGUGGCCCUUUCUGAAAAACCCAGGUGGAAAACGUUUUGUUUCCUUUGAGAGGUUUUGAAAUGGAGGCACUUGGCAACCUUGUUGUUGUUGAGAUUGUUGUUGUUGUUGAUGAUGAUUUCAUUUCCCAAAUU